CCCGCACUCCCGCUCCCAUCCGCCUCUCGAGAACCUUUCGUCCACCAGAAGCCAGGCGAAUUGAGCUACUUCCGAUCUCCAGAGCGACCUCGAAGCGCGCAGGCGAGCGAACCGAAUCGACGGCAAUGGCGAAUGCCGAGGAGUUCUGCGAGUCCGAGGUGCUGUGGCCAGAGGCGCCCCACGACGCCGGCGACGCGCCGCCUAGCUGCAGCUCGUCGCCCGCGCCGCCGCGGCGGUCCGGGACGCCGGCUCGGGGAGGAGCCCCCGACGGAACGCCGCGGCGCUCGGGCUCGCGGCCGGUGGACAUUCCUAGGCCCGCGCGCUCGGCGGCCCUCCGGAGCGGCGGCGACGACGACGACGAGGACGGCGGCCGGAACGGCACGAUGGUGCCGCCGCACGUGCUGGUCUCGCGGCGGCGGCCGGAGGGGGGGGCGGCGUUCGCGCUGCGGUCGGGACCGGGCCGGGCGCGCGAGCUCAGCCACCUGCGCAACUCCGUGCUGCGGAUGACCGGCUUCAUCGAAGGAUGACAAGGCUGACCCGUACUUCGUUGUGUGCAUAUGCAAAGCCAAGACUGCGAGAGUGCAAGCAAGACUAGUCGUCGUCUCCAUUCACACCAGUUGUGUUCGUGUAGUCGGCGGCAUCGCCUAUUUUGUUCGUCUGUUUUCCUGUGGUCCAUGAUCACAUUGCAUCUCGAUUUGUUAAGAGAAACCUCUGGAUUUGGUUCAUUGUCAGUUCAUUUUCUCUA